AAUCUCAUCUCAUUCAUUAUACAUAACCCUCUUCCCAAUGCAACCUUGUUGCUUCUUUGUUGAGUAAAUUCCAUAUCUCUCCCUUCUCUUCCACUCAAAGCACCACCACUUCCACUUCCAUUUCCAUUUCAAAUUACUAAAUACCAUUACCCAUUCCAUUCCAAUCCAAACCAAUCCAAUCCCUCCACUUCCUUAAUUUCUUCUAAACCUUAAGCCGACAUGUCGGAACUUCAACAACAACAAGAACAGCCGCAGCAGCAGCAACAACAACAACAACAGCCGGCUUAUGUUUAUCCCGACACCGCCGCCACGUCCGCCGGCAGCCAAGUUCCUCCGUCCCACCAUUCCAACGGCUCAUUUGGGGCAGUUUUUAUAGUUCUUGCGGUUAUUGUUGUCAUUUCAGCUCUUGCUUGUUUCCUUGGCCGUCUCUGUAACCGGCGAGUUGAAAACCACCAGAGGCCGAAGCCGGAGAAAAGCCACGCCGGCGCUCGACCCACUAGAGGAAAAGAACCUAAAUUGCAUCCUGAUAAAGAAGGAGACAUUGAGUUUGGAUUCGAUUUGAGAAACCCAAGUGGAAAAGGCAAAUUCCCACCUGGUGGCAAUGGAAAUGGAAAUGGAAAUGGAGGAAGCAAAGGGAAAGGCAAUGGUAAUGGACCUAUUGGGCUUAAUGGUCCUAAUGGCCACGGAAAUAGCUUCAAACCCUUUGAAAAUGGUGGUGAAACAAGAAGUGAAAUCAAACAUACAGACCAUCAUGAAGGAGAUUUCAAUUUCAAAGCUGGAGGGCAUCAUCAUGUUUGAUGGUAUUUGUAAAACAAUAUAGCAUAAAACCAUGCAAAAUGCUCAAAUUUCAUCCUAUCGAGUUAUAGCAGUGUGCUUUUUUUCUUCUUCUUUUUUUCUUUUUUUUUUAAAUUUAAAUUUGAUGUUUGUUCUAAUCUAAUGAGUAAUGAUGACAAGGUUCAAUAUUCAAUCAUCAA